AUGAUCCAGUACCCUCGCAACAAGGCUGACUUUGUCCCCGAUAGCAGGCCAAACAUGGCAUUAAACCUGCUCUGGACAGACGAUUUGUUGGAAGACACGGUCCAGGCAGGCCUUGUAAUUUCUGCUUUGUCGCGGUUUUUGUGCUUCGUCUUUACCCUACCUUUUUUAUCGGUCGGCUACAAUUGCUAUCGAGACAGAGGUUCUAGUCCCGUUGUCACUAUGGAGUAUGUUGGUGUUCACCGGACCAUCUGCAACACUUGUCUCGAGGCCGUCAACUCGGCGCAGGAGGAGUUUACUACAAACGAUGUCAAGUCUGACGAACUUGGGCAAAGCAGUCUCGUCUUGGUGAGCCAAAAUCCGGAAGAGGCUAAGCGGUCCUUGCAAAUUCUCAGUUGUCUUAUCAGCAUUUCGAUGGGCACCGGAUAA